AUGGCGCCGAGUCGGCCUGAGAAGAAGGAAAAGCCCAGUGCGGGUACUCUUCUAGACGACGCUGAGACGCUCUUCGAAGUCGGCAAUAUCGAAGAAGCGAUUAGCCUCGCCGACAAGGCGUUGGCGACAACCGGCGAAGGCGGCGAUUUCGAGCUUCGGGCCGUCAACCUCCUGGCUCUGCUACAUAUCGAAGAUGGCGAGGUGGAGGAGGCCCGCUCCUUCUUUCAGCGCGCUGCCAACAUCGACAAAAAUGGCGAAAUGGACGAAAAGGUUGGCGGGGGGCCCGAAAAGUUCCUGUUCCUCGCUGAGCUCAGCGAAGAGGGCGGCCAGGAUACCGUCGAAUGGUUCGACCGUGGUGCCACAGCGCUGCGCAAACAGAUUCAGAACCUCGAUUCCAUCAGCAACAAGACGCCCGAGCAGCAAGCUGCAUAUGACGAGAAGCAAAAGAAGCUAGGAGGCGUGCUCUGCGCCGUCGCCGAGGUUUACAUGACUGAUUUGUCGUGGGAGGAGGAUGCCGAGCAGCGAUGUGAAGCGCUCAUUACAGAGGCCAUGAUGAUCGCGCCAGGAUCGUCUGAAACGUGGCAGACGGUGGCCAACGUGCGCAUCUCGCAAGAGCGCAACGACGAGGCCCGCACUGCCUUAAAGCGCAGCUUGGAGCUGUGGCAGGACCUUGCUCCCGAAGACCCUGCGGUGCCCGACUUCUCAACCCGUAUUGCCUUGGCCCGUCUGCUCCUCGAGACGGAAAUGAUGGAGGACGCUCUCGUCGUUCUCGAGCGUCUAGUCACCGACGACGACGAGAGCAUCGAGGCGUGGUAUCUUGGUGGCUGGGCACUGUAUCUGGCGGGCGAGAAGCUCCGUGAUGCCAAGGGUAGUACCAACGGUGAUGGACCGUCAGAGGAUCUCAAAACGGCAUGGAAAUCGUCACGGCGCUGGCUGGCCCAGUGCUUGAAACUAUUUGAGGCCCAGGAGUACGAGGAUGAGAGGCUGGGCGAGCACGCCGUUGAGUUGGUGCUCAGCAUUAACGAGGAAAUUGGCGAGCCUGAGGAGGGCGAGGAUGAGUGGGAUGUUGCCAGCGACGAUGAGGAUGACGAAGAAGAGGACGAUGACGAGGAAAUGAAGGAUUAA